GAGAAACAAAAAACCGGUCGUUUGCUAUUAGCACUUUCUGAAUUAAAAUCAAACAUGGAGAUCGCAGCUAGAAAUUAAUUAAAGAUAAUUUUAAAAAUGAGUUUACCUCUAUGCAUACUUUUGUAUCUACUGAUCCCAUGUGUUAUUAGUACGCAACGCCAAGAAAACAAAAAGAAAUAUGUUAUAGAAGUACAAGAUCAUCAACUCGCAAUGCGCGCAGCUAAUCCUAUAGUAGAUUUAGAAGACAGUGUACGCCGUGGUGGGAAUGAUCCUUUUGCUAACCCGAGCUUUGUUAUAAACAGGAUUAACGAUGAUUUGCUUUCAACCUCUUUAAACCUGGGCUUGGGCAAUCGUGAACUUUUGGCGUACCACGAUACUAACUAUCAUAUAAAUAGUGGUUUCCACUCUCCUCAAAUAUUACCUUCUCGACGUUUACUUUCUCCGCACAUAGGGACUACUAUAAGUUUUAGUAAUAGUUUUAAACCAGCUGGUGACAGCAUACAAAACGCUGUUAAAGAAGAAUUAGUGGCAAGACAACCUUUGUUGUUUAAAGCUAAUCAUCCGUUUAAAACAUUUAUUAACUCAAAUAUUCCUUUUCAUCAAGUUAGCUCCAUCAACUUAGAAAAUGAAGAAAUUCUCCAUAAUCAAGAAACAUUCGAGAAAAACUUAAAUAUUGGCGUGUCUGGUGGAGAAGUUGGCUAUGCUAGGCAGUUCGGAAAUACUGCAGCUAAUAUGAAAUCUCAAGUUGUAUCAACUAAAGCAAAUGCUAACGAAUUACCUAGUUAUGUUCCUUUAGUUAAUCGAAGAAUACCAACAAUUCGCAGACCAUUAGAUUUGCAUAUGAAAAAAAUAAACCUUUCACUUGGAGGGAGAAACUUUCAUAAUGCUUUUAAAAUUAAACCUGAAACCAUUAGUUCUUUUGCUCUUUCAAAUAAUAUUGAAAAUAGUAACCUAAAUAUUAAUAAUAAUAACAAUAAUGUGGCAAGUCAGCGUUUAAAUUAUGAAAAACGUAUCCAUGCUGUAAAUAUACCACAAACUAAAAGUAGAAUUAAUCCUUUGACAGGUUUACCUGAAGAUCUUGAAGAGAGAUCUUAUGGGUUGAUUUCCUCAGUAACCAGUGUAACUGAUUCUACAGCUCCUUUAUCAAAGACUAACAAUAGAAAUUUAAAUGAAUAUGACGACGCAAAUUCGAAUAUUGAAGUAAACGCUGAAGUUCCUCAACGACGUGUUGCUCAAAAAUUGAUUGGACCAGAACUUAAUGAUUAUCAUGAUUCGCCCAGAACAAUGGAAAAAGAUUCUUCUAGUUUAAUAGAAAAUGAAACACCCAGUGUAUUGGAAAAGGAGCCUUCUAAUCUAAUAGAAAAAGAGACUUUAUCUAGAGAUAUGCCAGAAGAACAGUCUUCUGAUUAUAAUUUAGCAUCCUUAAAAUCGUUUCUUGAAGAAGAUUCUAUUUUAAGAAAUAAACUCAAUAAAGAUGGACUGGAAUCAAUAAAUAUGAAAAAAGAUUCAAGUUAUAAUCUUGAUGGAUCAAUUGAAGAAAACCAAGAUAAACUUCCAAAUCUAAAGAGAACAGUUAUGUCAAAAAAAGGCAGUAUAAAACAUAAACUUAGACAAAAGAAAACCUCAUAAGGAGUUUAUUUUUAUAAAGAUAUAUUUUCUAUGUAAACACCUGUAUAUUUAUAUUUCAAUAUUUUACUUGUA